AUCGGGGUGUGGGUGAACCAGGAGAAUGUUCAGCUGUGCGCAACCGGAGGUCACAGUAUAUUUACCCCAGGGCCAUGUACUGCAAAUUCACUCAACCCUCAACUUCUCAAGAUGUUUCCCUGCCUCGUGUUUCUCCUCGCUCUCGGAGCAGUUUGUGGGCUACCGGCAAAGAGGUACCCACUCACCAAACAACCUCACCUCGGCCGAGUUAUUGGCGGACAGGAAGCUGUUCCACACAGCUGGAAAUGGCAGAUAUCUCUUCAAGUCACUUACGAUUCAAACCCCACUGGAUUCUGGCACACGUGUGGUGGCACUAUCAUCCACUACUUAUACGUCAUGACAGCUGCCCAUUGUGUUGACUCGCCUUCCGGAAAGAUCUACCGUGUGGGCUUUGGAGAGCACGACUUAAGUGUGGAUGAAGGCACGGAGUACUAUUUGGACGUGGAAUCCAUCCAUGUCCAUCCCUACUGGAAUCCUUCUUCCUUAGCAAGCGGGUAUGAUAUAGCGUUGUUGAAGCUGAAGGACCCGGUUUACGAUAAUUCCUACGUGGAGAUCGCAAUCUUACCCGUUGAGGGUCAAAUCCUACCCAGUCAGAGCGAGUGUUACAUCACAGGAUGGGGAUUAACCUCCCCUAACGGGAGCGGUGCUACCCGCCUACAGCAAGCCGGCUUGUCAGUGGUGAGCUACGAAAUCUGCUCGAGACCCGAGUGGUGGGGAGCCACGGUGAACGAUCGCAUGAUCUGCGCUGGAGGGGACGGCUAUAGUUCUGGCUGUCAGGGAGAUUCCGGAGGUCCAUUUGCCUGCAAGUCAAAUGACGGUUAUUGGUCAGUCCAUGGCAUUGUGAGCUUCGGGCCAAUCUACUGCAACAUCUAUGAGAAACCUACAGUCUUUACCCGGGUGUCAGCCUACCUUGACUGGAUAUUCCAGAUAAUCAAUGAGUAGUGAACACCAGGAGGCCGAUAUGUAUCAAACAAGAGUAGAAAAUAAAGAUACAGCAUCAAACCAUA